AUGAUAACAAUAACACUACUCCUGCGACGGUACCGCUGCCACCCACCCACCCACCCUCCCACCGGCCACCCGCCGGCGGCCACUUCACCUCCCGGAGUACCCGAGACACAACAACACUGUCUCGCCGCGGGCCGGCCACCGGGCCACCGGGCCACCGGCCACCGGGCCCCGACCCGCCCCGCCCAGGCCAGGCCAAGGCAGGCGCGAGGGGUGUGGUCGCCUCCCAGUCCAGUGAGCUUCUCUAGUCCUGAGGUGCCGCGCCGCCCUGGCUGCCCCCAGCGCCAGGGAGGGGCCCUCACCCCCCCGGAGGCUCCACGCCCCCUCCUCCUGUCCCGCCCCGCCCCGUCCCGUCCCGUCCCGCCGCAGCAGCUGGAGCCAUGUCGGUGCUCCCCGUGUGCCUCUCUCGUGUGUUCAGCGGCCCCGGCCCCGCCCGCGGCCGCCAGGUUCUACCGUGCUCACUCCGCCACGCCAGCGGCCGCCCCGGCCCGCCCCGCCCCGCCCCGGCCGUGGGGCGGGGCCGGGGUGGGCCGGCGGCCGGGCACGGCUGGCCUGUCCUCCCUACCUACCGCUGCACAUUCCCACGAGCUAGUCAGGGCGGGAACCCCCGUGGUGCGCCCCCGCCCGCGGCCCCUCUGUCAACCAUGCCACUUGAAGCAUAUCCUAGCUGGUCAGUGUGCUGGGACAGGUCAGCAAUGCUUUUAA